AUGGCUUUGCUUCUGUCUCUUUCAACCGCCCCAUUACCAAGCUCAUCUAAGCGCGAUAGAAUCUCGUUCGAGAAUGUUUACUCUGAAGAUCUUCUUGAACAGUCUCUAAAUCUUUGCGCUAAGGAAACCAGCACAAAAGGAAAAGAUCAAAAAAGAAUAGUUUGGCCCUCAAGAAUACCUCUGAGCACUCGAAGAAUCAAAAAGGAUUAAGCGCGUGGAUGUUGAAAAGAAACACAGUGGUGCGAAGAAAGCAGAAGAUGACAGAGCUGCUAUGCCAAGUACUCGUUGCUAGCGCACGUGCGAGAUGUGAGUAAAAGAAGAGAACAAAAAUUAAGACAUUUUUCAUAUAAGCAAAUUUUUGAGCAAUGGUGCUGAUUUGUAUCCUUCCG